AUGAAGUUCUCCACUUCCGUUCUUGCUCUCUUCGCCGUCGGGGCAACUGCCGUCCCGCAUACCAAGAUGAAAAGAGCGGCCGUGAACCAAGGCGCUUUAGACCUCAUUGCUCAUCUUGAAGGCUUUAGAGCCAACUUUUACACCGACAGUGUAGGCGACACUGCCAUCGGUUAUGGCCAUGACUGCGAAGCCAACCAGGACUGCAGUAGCAUCCAUGCCCCAAUAACAGAGGCCCAAGGCAAGGAGCUGCUUGCACAAGAUAUCAAAACGUUCGAAUCUUGUGUCUGUGACAUGGACAAUGCGGCCGACCUGAAUGCUAACGAGUAUGGUGCCCUGGUCAGCUUUGCCUACAACUCGGGCUGUGGUGGUGUGGAUACCUAUUGGCACACUGCGAUGUCAGAGAAGAACUUUGAGGGAAUUUGCCAAGCUCUCCCUCACACAAAUACUCUAAACGGAGAGCUGGAUAGCCGCCGAGCGCAGGAGGGAGCCUUUUGCUCUAAGCCUUCCAACGCAACCUCUGGCUGUUAG